AUGGCUUCCUUCGUCAUGGGUGGUGGCGCGCAGUCGCCAAUCGAGUGGGAGUGGAUGGAUGACCGGCGUAGAUGGGUUAGCUAUGACGCCUUUUCGAGUUCGGCGAUCGAGUCGUCUUUCUCGUCUGGCGGUAUGAGCGCGGUGGUGAGCUCUGCGCAAGGAGGGAGGGCGGGAGCCGGGGCGACGUACACUAUCCACUUCUCCAGCAUGCAGCAGGUGAACAACGCUUCGAGCUUCGUGAGGAACGUCAGGAGAAACGUCGUCGGCGUGCCAUCUCACGAGACGUGGGAGUGGAAGAACAACGGUUCGAGGUGGGAGGCCGUCCCCGUCCCCAUCUGUCUACAGAUAUCGGCGAGCCGGGACUUGCGGGGGGAGACGUCGACGACUGCCCACAUCAACAGUCUCGCGCACGAGUUCGACUUUACGCAGAUGACGGUGACCCGCCUAGCGGUCGGGGUUGUGGUACAGCUCCGUCUCAAAGCCAGCCGAGGUGCGGUUGCGGGCGCAGCAGCAGCAGCAGCAGGGGCAGGGGCAGGGGCAUCAGCAAGAGGGAUGUCCACGAGGUCGGGGGCUUCUGCGUCUCCAUCUCCUCAGGUUUCGACGAACGGAGACAGGUCUGCGGAGUACCAACGAAUAAUUAACGAAGCGACGGACUGCACGGCGACGGCGGCGGCAAACAACGAGACUUGCACCCUGUGCAUGGACCCUUUCAGCCCGCAGGAGCCGGCGCUGCUGCUGUCGCAGUGCCAGGGGCACUACAUGCACGCGCCGUGCAUCAUGCAGGUGUUCAAGGCGAUGGGGCCUAAAUGCCCGACCUGCUCCAAGAUGUACGGUCCGCUGCACGGUGACCAGCCUGACGGGACAAUGACCGUGCGAACCCACCGUCGCGGAGCAAUACCCCUUUCGGGCUACGAGUCGGACGGUACGAUUCUCAUCCAGUACAGCUUCCCCUCCGGCACGCAGAGCUCGAAACAUCCCAACCCGGGGAGCGCGUACCACGGCACCUCGCGAACGGCCUACCUGCCGGACAAUGCGGCGGGCAGGGAGGUACUGGCACUGCUGAGGAAGUCGUUCGAACAGAGGAUGACUUUCACCGUCGGGACGUCCAUUACCACAGGCCGUUCUAACUGUGUCAUCUGGAACGGCGUACACCACAAGACAAACACCACUGGAGGAAGCUCUUCGUUCGGCUACCCUGAUCCUGGCUACUUCGGACGGGUCAAGGCGGAGCUACUUGCCAAGGGCAUCCAAUGAGAACGCCCCGUCGCGUGGCUUUGCUUCGCGGAUUAGAAUGCAUUCGACGGUUCUGCGUUUGUAUGUAGAUGGGCUGCUGCUGUGAAGGCAUUAGCGAACAUGGAUGCGCCCGCGGAUACGGGAUGCGCAAAACCCGUGAUGCAGUGACGUUCCUUUGUAGCCAAGGACGGAUUCCGACAAGACGAAAGACAUCAAGGAACCUGGUGUGGUCGACCACCGCGGCAAGGUAGCUUGUGUCGCACGCUGAGCUGACUUUUCGGGGUCCCGGGGCCUCCACAAAUAUUCUGGUAGAGAGGCUGUCUUGGCCGAACAGGAAUGGCUGGCCCUACCGGAGACAUGACAUGUAGAGUAGUACCCCGAAGGACCCGUGUCCUUGUUGUUGACUGCCUUCUUUUGUUGCUGAACAAUCACGACGUGGACAAAUAGGUGUGUGCUCGUGUGUGAAGUGACUAUUUUGUUCAUGUUUUCCUUGCAAUUGGAGGGGCGUGCGGAACAGAAACGUAAUUUAAUGAGGGACGGGUUUUGAGACUAGCCACGGCGUGCCGUGUGCUUUGGACUUAAGAUGCGCGGGUCGUGGCAACGCGCCGUUGUCUUGUUUGUACCCUCGGAUGCGGGGCUGUACCCCUCCCCCCCCCCCUCGGCUUUCACCUCUUUUGUUUAUUGCGGCGCCCGUACUCAGCGCAGGCUUAGCUCUUCGAUGAGCCUAGCACCGUUAUCACACUCUUGAUCCUGAAAGAGAAUUUCAUGAUUUCAUGUAGCGGGGGUGGCUGACUGCGAACCACUGCGAUUCAACCACCAUUUAUUCCGUUGUUCGCUGCUUGUGGGAUAGGUUCUAAGUAGGCGGAAGGGGGGGGGUGGCGUGAGGGAAGUUCGUUUGUUGCUCCUCAUGCUGAACGGCACGUCCCUUGUUGGAGUCGGGGGGGGCGGGAGGGGUUCGAAAUUGAAGCGGGGGGGGCAUGCUUGUCCUUGACGGUUAUUGCUAUUAGAGCACCUUUUGGCCUGGACCAGCUGAGCGUUCUCUCCGUGUGGUGUAUUAUCGUUCCCGAAUGCCGGCCGCUGGUUGGGGUGCCGUUGUGAAUGAGACUGUGAGUUGGACUACUGUAGGUCGUCCUUCAGUGCAGAACCAGUACACAAUUCCACGACAGUGGCAGGGGAUGGACGAUCCACGCCCCAGAGCGCAGAACCGCAACAGCAACAAGUCGAGGCUGCGUUGAGCUUUCUGUGCCGCUUUAUGAGGACCGCGUUAGUUGCUUGCCGCUGCUCCUGCUGAACCACAAUGAACUGCUGUAGGCUCACCUGUGCGGUGUGCUGUGGUUUCGAAGAGUGGUGCUUUUGGCUGGGCCUCCGUACACCCCACCUUUGUUUUGCCUGUCCCGCGGAGAAGCGGGGCAACCUACGUCAUCGUUUUGCAAGCAUUGGCCUCAUCGACGCUAUCGUGCGGUAUGGUACGAAUCACA